AUUUUUAUGAGAAGAUGGUACAUUUCUUUGUGGAUUUAUCAUAUUUAUGAAGAAGAGAACACAUCCAGCUUUGCAGACAAUGGCAAGCUUCCCCUUUUGUGUUUUGGUUGACAGUGACGCCUGGUUAAAUGAUCACCUGAAAACCAACGUAAUCAAUUACUUCAAAAUAAAAAGGAAAUCUGGAGGUGGAGAAAAUGUCAUUGAGUGGCUUUCUGCGACCCGGUUCAAAGUAUCUUUUGCAGAAAUUGAAGCUCAGUCCAGGGUACUUCAGAAACAAGACCAUAUAGUAAGCACUCCGAAUGGGGAUGUGAAGUUGACUGUCCGAAGUAUAGAGGAACUUCAGGCUUCUGCACAACCUGGACAUGAAAAUUUGUUUUCUUCUGAGGCAAGUGACACAUCAUUUCAAAACCACAAUACACUUGCAGCCGGAUGUUCAAAUUCUCCAAGGGCAUACCAUCACUCUGAGAAGACAGACAGUUUGACAAUCAAAUCCUUCCCUAUAAAAGUAGAUAGUUUUUUGGUGAAGUACCUAAGAGAAGAUGAUAUAGCUGCAUCCGUAAUUCAGGAUGACAUGCGUCAAGUCCAGGGCAGGUUUCAGAUCUCUGAAGAAGAGGAGGAUGUUGUCUAUCUUAUUGCUGAAAAUCCUAAAAUAUUUAGUGAUGGUCUGACCCAGGAAUCGGUUAUAGAAACAGCAUUCAGGGAAAGUAUAAAAAAAUUUACCUGCCAUUAUGAAACCAACCCAUUAAAACGCCAGUUGCUAAUUAAAAAUGAUGCUCUGGUUAAAGCACCUUCCCGAUUGUAUAAUCAGCUACAUGAGCAUAUUACUGUUAUAAUUGGGCAAGUGGAAGAUGUCUGUUCCAUCAAGAAGCAACUGGAAUUCUUUGCUUUACAAGAGAGAAGGAGCACCAUAAUCCAAAGUGUCAUGAGGGUAGAGAAUGUAGCGGAAUAUUCCGUCAUUCAGGAUGCAGCUGAGCGGGAACUGAUGCGUAGUUGCCCAUACCUUCAUUACUCGUUGGAGAAAGAACAGUCUCAGGUAGUGCUGAAGGGAACACCAGAUGAAGUGUGCACAGCAAGGCACAUAAUACAAACACAUCUGCUCUCAGUUAUUAGAAAACCCAUGACUCUUUCUAACCGUAAAAGUAAUUUUAUCCAAAUGUGUGGUGUCCUUGAGUUUUCCAGUCACUUCCCAUCUAAAUUAGCUGGCAAAGUAAAUCUUGAGGUCACUGAGCAGAUAACUUUAAUUGGGACCUCCUCACGGCAUAUCACUGAAGCAGAGGAAUUUAUUCACAGGGCUGUGAAAGAGGAAACCAUUUCCAUUUUUACAGAGGAGGCCACUGGACCUAGUCUGAACAUUUCAGAGCUGAGACAUUUCUUGGCUUCAUUGCAAAAUAAAUAUAACCAGCCAUCAAAGAGCAUUCAAGUCUGUGAAAGGGACGGUAAUGUUGUUGUUGUUGGGUUUACACAGUGUGUCCAAAGGGUAAAACAAGAAAUAAUAAACCACCUGAAUUCUACAGCCAUUACAACAGAUACUAUUUCCUUAAAGAAACCAGAAAUUGCCAACUAUUUUUGUGAUCUCCUGGAUCUUUUCAGACUUGGGGAUUCAGAUAUCAGCAUGCAAAUACAGCAUACACCUGAAGCCGUAGUUGUACUGACAGGAGUCAAGCAUAAUGUCUGUAAAACCAAGCAGAACAUUGAACAAGCAUUAAAUACUCUGAAAUGGGAAGUUCUCACAAUGUCACAGCCUGGAGCAUGUAAAUUUUUUCAGGGAUCUGGGAAAAUGUAUGUUGAUAUAAUCAGCAGUAAUACGGACUGCAUUAUAAAACUGAAAAGUGUAAGUAGUGGUGGGUCUAGAACCACUGCUGAGGCAACAGGAGGAGAACAAUAUGGGCAUGAAGUUUCAGAAUGGGGCAGCUUUAUCUUAGAUGGAGGUUUAAAUGUAUCUGUUUGCAUGGGAAAUAUAACUUCACAGAGAGCCGAUGCAAUUGUGCACCCUACUAAUGAGGAACUGAGUUUUAUUGGUGAUAUAGGAAAAGCCAUUUCAAAUGAUGGUGGACCAUCAAUUAAAAAGGAGUGUCAGGAAUCAAUAAAGAACAAAGGACGACUCCUGAUUGGGCAAGCCAGAAUGACAUCAGCUGGAGAACUUCCAUGCCAAAGGGUAAUACAUGUGGCAGUGCCAAGAUGGAAAAAAGAUAGUUUAGACCAUCAAGAUUUUAUAAAGCAUUUGAAAAGUGCAUUUGGCUUUUCUUUUCAUGAGGCAGAGAAUGCAAAACUGACUACUAUUGCUAUGCCUUGCCUGAGUUUUGCAAAGUGUGCUGCAUCUGUCAGUGUCUCUGGAGAGUGUAUUAUCUGUGCCAUUCAGACAUUUGCACCAUAUGCUAAGAACAUAAGGCGAAUAACUCUCACUGAUACAAAGUGGGAUAAAGUAGCUGAACUGAAGAAACUCUGUGAAAAAGAAUGGCGCUCUGCUUCAGCAAGUCACCUCCAGGCAGAAGCAUCUGCAGAUCUCUCAGAACAUAGUAAUCAACAGGAAACAUUCCGAGACAAAAUAGUGGCUGGAAACAUUGAAGACCAGAAGGCAGAUGUACUGGUCGCACCUCUUACAAGUUCCUUUAAACUGGAUGAUACAAAAGUGGGAAAGGUCUUGCAUCGGAAGGGAGGACAAAUAUUGCAGUUUCUUGUGACCGAAUUGUCAUCUGGUCGUUCUCUGACCAUUGGAGAUGUAUUAAAAAUCCGGGUUGCUGAUAUUAUGGACAUUGGCUGUAAAGAGAUCUUCUUUAUCUUAUGCACUGAAAGAACAUUGGAUCUUUUCGUGAAUCAAUUUUUCAGUGGAGGAAGAUGUAAAGGCUAUGAACAGUACAGUCAUGCAAAGUUUCAGUGGCUUAAAAGAGGAAUUAAUGAUUGCAUAAUGUCUUGCCAUCGUAAAGGGAUGGAAUCCAUUGUGUUCCCAGUUAUCGGUACUGGGAAGGUCGUUGGUGUUCCCCACUGCAUUGUGGCUCGAAUGCUUUUGGAAGAGAUUUCUACAUUUGAGAAGCAGUACCCAUUGACACCUUUAAAAAGUAUAAAAAUAGUGAUCCAUGCCUCAGAUAAUAUGUCUCCAGCAGCAUUUUAUGCUGCAUCCAGGGAUCUGCAGCUGUACGGCACAGGGCAGACAGCAAAGGAUGCAGAUGCCUUCUUCCGCUCCUUGACUUCAUUCCCUGAUAUCUUGAGCAUGAUGGUCGGCAAAAUAAAGGUCCAGAUACACUAUGGCGAUAUCACCACGGAAUCAUCUGAUGUGAUUGUGAACCCAGUCAACUUCUUUGGGCAAGUAUCAACAGGAAAAAUACCAGAGAAUGGAGUUUUAUGUACCGGCCCUGGAAAAUUAAACUGUAAAACUAUAAUGCAUGUAUCCUGUCAAUCCAGUGCAAACAGCAUCAAGAAAGUAGUACACAGUGUGAUUCAGAGCUGUGAUAAUCACAACUACAAGUCUGUAUCUUUUCCAGCAAUUGAAACAACAGGCCUAGGAGGAAUGGACCCUUAUCCAGCAGCAGAAGCUCUGAUCACUGCAAUAGCAGAAAUAGCUUCUACUAAUUCCAUUUCCCACCUGUCUUUAAUUCGGAUUGUCAUCUUGCAGAGGGAUAUAUUCCUUGUCUACAGAGACUGUUUAAAGAAUAAAUACGGGAUGUCUGCACCACGAAAGAAAUGGAAUGAAAUUGAAUUAUCCUCUUUAACUAACAGAAAAGCAGAUUGCAUUCCCAAGAUUAUGGAGUCUACAGAAUUGUUUCCUUUGGCCGUAUUUGACAUAAUGGGAGGACCACAGAGUAAUAUAGAAACAGCAAAGGAAAAUCUUCAGCGGGUCAUUCAGGAUCAGUUCUCUGAUGAGUGCAUUGAAGACACAGAUAAUCAAAUCUCCAAACUAGAAUCCAGAGAAGAAAGGGAAAUACUAGAGCUGGCAAAAGAAUUUGAUGUCCGAAUCACUAUUGAAAAGGGUUUCCUUGGUCGUAUCAGAGUUCAGGGCUUGAUGCAAGAUGUCAAAGGUGCUUUGAAUAAAAUCCAUCAACUGCUAAGAAUUGCAUUACAAAAUCGUCUAAGUAAUCAUGAACACAAAUUGUUGUCUAAAGCUGUGAACUGGUAUUUUAAAAAAAAUAAUGAAUACUCUGCCUUCGAUUCAGAGACUAGCUUUGAAAUUGAAAAGUUGCACAGAACUUUCUGUUCAGGAUCUGAUGACCUGGAACAUAUAGCACCUUUCCAAGGAAAAACUCUGCUGAUCAGUUUUGAUAAUAACAUUGCCACCGUAUUAGAAACAGAUGAAGUAAUAAGACUGAAACGAGUCGAUACAGUUGCAGAUGAUCUCCCAUUGGAAUGGGAUGAAAUGAAGAAUGAUUCGAUAACUAUUGUGGAACUGGAUAAAAAUUCCUCGGAAUUCAUAAACGUUGCCCUGCACUUCAUGAGCACAUCUAACUGUAAGAUCGUAAAAAUCGAAAGGAUUCAGAACCCUCAUUUAUAUCGUGCCUUUAGUGUGAAAAGGAAGCAGAUGGUGGAGAAGAAUGGCUCCGAUGCUGUCAAUGAACUAAUGUUGUUCCAUGGUACCACCAUCGAUGCAUGUAAGGGCAUCAAUAGUCAUGGAUUUAACCGAGGGUUUUCAGGCCAGAAUGCUGCCAGAUAUGGUGAAGGAGUAUAUUUUGCAGUGGAAUCUUCAUAUUCGACUAACUCAACCUAUUCCAGGCCAGACUUGAGUGACAUGAGGUACAUAUAUCGUGCUCGAGUAUUAGCGGGUAGAUAUACUGAAGGAAAGCGUGGUUUAAGAGUCCCACCACCUCGUUUAAACUUUAAUCCAUAUGAUCGGUAUGACAGUGUGGUGGAUUCAAAAGCUCUACCAACAAUGUAUGUAAUUUUCCACGAUGAUCAGGCUUACCCAGAGUACCUGAUCACCUUUCACUAGCUGUAAGCUGAGGAACCAGCAAAAUCAAGAACAAACAGAAUUUUGGAUGUACUUAUGUAAAUGUGUUGUUAAUAUUUUUGAAACAUUAGUAAUGGUUAAUAACUUUAGACGUUUACUCACUACUGUCUGUUUUGAACAUUUUCCAUUUUGCACAAUUUAAUUUCCCAACUUCUCAAUCUAUAUUUGUUAUUAAAAAAAAAAGUAACUUAACUCUCACUUAUUCAUAUUUAUAUGGAAAUGGCUUAUUAUCAUAAAUUUAGAAAUUGUUAAUCUCUGCUAUGUAUGCUCAAUUGUAUUCUUAACAUGUAUAAUGUUAUGUUUUCUUAUAUGGUACCGUUUUGUCUCCUUUAAACUGUAUUGGUAUUUGGAGCUUUUCUCCCUGGGCCUCCGCUAAAA